GCAAACUAUACAUUUCUUGAAACAAAACUUUUACUUCAACUAAAAUGCUGGCGCUACAUCAUCUUGCCCUGAUGCUUUUCCUAAUUGUUCCCUCGAUUCUCCCAGCGGACACAUUCUUCACGGUAACGGCCCGCAAAGUAAAGCGAACCGGGAACUACUUAAACGUACCACCCCCACAGCCUCCACAUCUACAACCACAACCACAUCCACAUCCCCAACCACAACAGGCACAAUCUGCACCCACCGCAGCUGCAGUACAUCACGUGGAACAAGAGCCUUAUCCUUACGAAGAUAUCAAUGAGCAUGACUUUCACUCCCAACCAGAUAUAGCACGCUACGCAACAGAUUUUACCCCCACACAAGCGCAAACACACCCGCAUACCCAUACGAUUGCUCAUUCUUCCGCUUCUGGUGGAAAAUAUCUCAUCGACAAUGGUUUACGUAGCAUUGCCAAAGGCUCAGCAGAUCAAGCCAACUCUGCGGUGGCUAGCCAAAAUGCUGCCGGCAAACAAGCUGCUUACGUAGCGAAAAGUACACUUGCGCAAGCAGCUGCACAAGCCGCUGGCACCGCGGUAGCUGUGUUAAAAGGCAAAGAAGUGCUUUUGCGACGACUUGAAGAGCAAAAUAUAGAUGAACACAAAGCCUUGGAAAGUGAGCUGACACAACUGCAGCAGGCGAAACGCUCCGCCAAGACGGCGCAGUAUGCAGCACAACAAGCCAUUAAUCACGUGUCCGUGUUAACGGCGGCACUUAAUAAUGCACAAUCUGGCUCUGAGUUGGCACAGAGGGCAGCCUCUGAGGCGGCAGCAGAGUUGGCUUCACAGAUCGAUAUGGUUGCACAGUCCAAGGCGAAAUUGGAACAAAUCGAAUCACAUGUCUAUACAGCUCGUUUGGAUUAUGAAGAGACGAAAGACGCGGCUGAAAAGGCAACACUGUCUGCACAGGAGGCGCAGAUAAACGCCAAUGAUGCGGCGGUACAUGCGAAUGUGGAACUAAGCGAAGCGGUUCAUGUGCAUGAUAAGAGUGAUCGCAAUGCGGCUACGCAGAUCGGCUCGGCUGGACCAACGAGUGGUUAUGGACUUAAAAAGAAGUAA